AUGUCAUUAAAAGAUAGAACAUCUGAAUUCCACGCAGCUGUUGAAUCAAUUAAAUCAUGGUCAACAAACAGUCAUGGUCGGAGUAACGGUCUUGUUGGAAUAAAUAAAACUGAAUUUUCAAGGAUGGCAUCUGCAAUUGGCAAAGAUAUUAAUUCUACAGCAGCCAAAUUACAGAAAUUGACGAAUUAUAUUGCAAAGUUAAACAAACAAAUAGCACUUCUUCAACAAUAUGUACGAGAAAAUAAAAAGAAUAAUAAACAAGCAGAUGAACAUUCUUCAAAUGUGGUGGUGAUGUUGCAAUCUAAAUUAGCAAAUACAAGUAUGAGUUUUAAAGAUGUAUUGGAAAUCAGGACUCAAAAUAUGAAAGAGAGUAAAGAUAGGAGGGAACAAUUUAUGUUUUCGAGUAAUCAACAUACAAAUAAUACACCAUCAGGUGAUUCACCAUUAUAUAAAACACAAAAACGUAAUGAUAAUCGAAAUACUGAUUUUCUUGCACUUGACAUGUCAACCGGACAAUCUCAUCAACAGCAACAACAAUUACAGCUAGUAGAACAACAGGACAAUUAUAUUCAUAGCCGUGCAUCAGCAAUUGAAUCUAUCGAAUCUACAAUUUCAGAACUUGGAAAUAUUUUCCAACAACUUGCCACAAUGGUUGCAGAACAACGAGAAACUGUUCAAAGAAUUGAUGCAAAUACAGAAGAAAUACAAAAUCAUGUUGAGGGUGCACAAAAAGAAUUGCUAAAAUAUUAUGCUAGCAUUUCAUCUAAUAGAUGGCUAGUAGUUAAAAUAUUUGCAGUUAUAAUAUUCUUUUUCUUAAUUUUUGUUCUUGUCACUUAA